CCCAUAAACAGAUCGAAUCGCGAGUAAGCGCUUAUCAUACGACGACAAUUGUCAACAGAGAUGCUGCGCCAAAUUCCGGGAGACGCAAUCAGAAGAUAAAAAAAAGGUGCUGGGGGUAUAAAAGGGCGUGUGAAUUGGAGCAGGCAGUCAUCUUAGGUUGAUCCCCAGUCAUGGCUAUUACUCUGGGCUGGCUCUUUCUGAUCGCGCUGGUCACUGGAUCCCUGGCGCAGUGGCCUCCUCAGCUGGUGGCUCCAACUGGCGGCCUAUUUGCCCAGCCACCUCCUGCCACCUUGGCUCCGCCGCCAACUUUAUCCCAGGAUCUGGAGGAGAUCCAACGACUGAUCCAGUUCAAGCCCCUGAAUCAGCUCCUGGUGCGCUACCUCAUCAACGACGCCCAGUUCCAGGGCUUCGUGCGAGCAAUCAACAGCAACGCCGCGUUCACUGCCCGAUGGCGACUCCUCUCCCAGCCGGAACUCAUACUGUUCCUGCAGUGGGUGGACCAGCAGCUCGUGGCCUCAGGCGGAUCCUUCGAGUGGGAGGAGCAGCGGCUGAAGGUGAGCCUGCUCAACCAAUUCCCCUAUUGGUCGGGCACCGUUUUCGGCUGGCAGGGAUUCCUCAGCGAGGUGCAACUCUACUUCCCCCUCCCUGCCAUCCGGGCACACAUCAAUGCCAAGGUGCUGCAGCAGGGCAUCUUCGCCCAGUUCUGGUCCAGAUUACAGGGAUUGGGGGUGGUCUACGAUCGCUGGCUGGCUUCUGUCGAAACUGCCCAGGUUAUCACCGAUCUCCAGCGGGCGGGCAUCGAUACGGUCCAGUUGGAUGGCAUCAUAAGGGAGCUCUUCGGCUGGAGUGCUGUAAAUGGAACUACUGAAUCAACCACUGCUGCUCCUGUGACUCCAACUGCCCCUACUGUAAUCCCGGGAGCAGUUCUGCCUCCAGUAAACGUUGAUGUUGUGGUUGUCUAG